AUGUUGAUAUCAACCAUUGAUAAAUAUUUUUAUAAAUUAAUUAUUCUGGUUAUUCUUCAAUUAUUUUCAUGUAAUGAUGCAUCAUCCUGUAUAUUUAUUAAAACUAUAGAUUCAAAUGGUGUACAACAACAAUUACAAAUAGAAUCCUGGGGUUCUGAUAGUAUUCGAAUACGUCUUAGUCCAGAUGUAAUUAUUCAAACUCCAGAUUAUCAAGCAUUACUUCCAGACAAACCAGUUGUAAACAAAGAAGAUUGUCAACAAUUAAAUAGAAAUACAUUUAUUAAUGGUAAUAUUAAAUUUGUUCUCAAUGACGAUAAUCAAACAUGGUCAAUUCAACGUCAAUCAGAUGGAAUUAUUUUAAUUCAAGUACAAUCAACUAGUUUUUCAGCAUACAUUUAUCCAGUCUCUAUUUAUUCACCUAUUUAUAAUCUUUACAAAUUAUCAUUAACAUAUACACAUAUUCAAAAUGGAAAUUUAUAUGGAUUAGGUCAACAUCAUUAUGGUCAUAAUCUAACAUUACCAUAUCAUAAUUUUCAUUUACCAUUUGUUUUCUCAUCAACAGCACCAACAAAUGGUGAUAUAACAAUUCCAUGGUAUAUACAUACAUCAGGUUUUGGAUUUCUU